UUAGUCGAUCGGACUUCUUGGCUGACGCAACACAUGGUCCACAGUCGCGCUCGAAUCGCCCACAAAAUCGGAAGUAACAGCUAACCGGAAAACAGGACAAAAAUCCUAAAUAUCUAACAAGUUAAUGUGAAGUGAUAUUCGAAACAAAGUUCCCGAAAGAUACAUAAAGAGUAUAAAAGAACUUUGAAUCAAGUUACUGGGAUUUCGUUUUGAAAAAUGUUACCCUCUUGCUAUGCCAAUGGAUCGAUGCUGCCGGAUAAUGAGGAGCUGGUCAACUCCAUGCUAGCGAAUCCGGAUUAUCUCAGGACCCAGGUGUCACCCAAUCCGCUGGCUCCAAGUGCCGUCGGAGGUGCGGGCAUGGAGGGUCUGAUGUGCGGAUCGUUUUCACCGGCCUUCUACUACCAGGGCAUCGAUAGCUUUCUGGCCCUGCACAACAACAUCUGGGGAUUGCCUAUAUCCUUUCUGCACAACUCCCAUCGACCGGAAAAGCCUCCUUUCUCCUACAUUGCCCUCAUCGCCAUGGCCAUCAGCAGUGCACCCAACCAGCGACUGACCCUCAGUGGAAUCUACAAGUUUAUCAUGGAUAAAUUCCCAUAUUACAGGGAGAACAAGCAGGGCUGGCAGAACUCCAUUCGCCACAAUCUGUCCCUCAACGACUGCUUCGUGAAGAUUCCGCGGGACAAGAACACAAUCGAGGAUAACGACAGUGCUGGGAAGGGAAGCUACUGGAUGCUGGACUCAUCGGCAUCGGACAUGUUCGAACAGGGAAACUACCGCCGGAGGAGAACGCGCAGGCAGAGGCACUGUGGCCAUCCAAAUCGCUACGAGAGGGAAUCGGGAAAGGAUUCAAAUGAUGGCAACAGUAGUGCAGCAGAGAUUCGCUCGCCCAGCGAACCGCUGAGUGACUUCGAUAUCUUCUGCAACGAGCGGCCCAAUUACUCCGACAGGAUUACGGAUCUGCACAGGCAGUACUUGUCCGUAUCCCUGGGCUUCAACAGUCUGUUCAACAACGAGGCCCGCGGACUCCGACCACUGCCCGAGAUCAGGGAAUGCCCAGACGAUGUGGACGCCUCGUCCAGUUCCAGCAAAGCAAUGCAAAGUUCCAUGGAACUGCACGAGGAGCUACAUUCGCCGAGCGCCUUUACUCCUCCUCUCAAUCGACGGGAAACCUCGUCAUCGGGUGCACCUGUCCUUGCCGAAGCUUUUAAUGGCAUCAAGGAUGUGGUGGAUGCACCUGGGAGCAGUCCAGUGGCCAGCAGCAACCGAUCAAAGACCACGCUGUUUACCAUCGACAAUAUCAUUGGCAAGCCAUAAGCAAUGCACCUCUUUUGGCUUAAUUAUCUUAAUUUAGUGAUAAAUAUUCUUGCAUAAAAUACAUAAAAGUGAUGGAGUUUUAAAAUAUAGAUUGGUUUGC